GUGGUACUGAACGGAUGGUGUUUGUCUAUACAGCGUACUGUCGAAUCAACAAAUAUUGAUGGUCAGCUUCUGGCCAUCAGAAUGAGUGACAGUGCUGCUUGAGACAUGUCGAAGAGACGGUAGUCGAGUACAGACAGCAGAUGUCACGAUAUCAACUUCGAGCGCAGCAGCGGACAUUCUCCAGAUCGUAGCCAGAUUGAUGAGGCAGAAAAGUAAGUGCUUGGCACGCGCCGACUAAAAAAUUCCAUGCGGUUAGUGCAACCAUCUCUCGCAAAAGUCCUGUAACCAAUAACUUUGCGGGACCACGGCAACUGAGACUGCUACUCCACCACCUCGAACAUAGUUACUCGACCACACAAAUUUCACCUACCGAAGAAGUCAUCAUGCCCGCCAUCCGUGGUCAAGAUUCCAAGAAGAAGACUCGCCGUCAUACGCGCGAUCUCGACCAGAUUCACGACGAUAUCCACAAGGAAAAGCAUCUGGACAAGUACAAGAGCACAAAGCAUACUGAAGAUCUCCCUGGUCUCGGACAGUUCUACUGUGUCGAAUGCGCUAAAUGGUUCGAGUCUGAGGCCAAUCUGACUGCUCACUCCAAGGGCAAGGUUCACAAGCGCAGAGUUCGCCAGCUCAAGGAAGAGCCCUACUCGCAGAAAGAGGCCGAAGCUGCCGCUGGCCUUACCUGGACUGACAACGGCAAGCGCAAGGAGGAGGACCAUGAGCUUGAGAUGGCCGAGGCCACCUGAACAAUUACGUUGUUGGACACCUGCUGCACCAACAUAUCACCACCACCAGGUGCUUUGUGGGAGUGAUGAUCGGUUCCAUCACCGCUCGCCAGAUAAUCGCAACCACGCCGUGCCAUCUAGAUAAGAGUUGCGGAUCACAAGCGCAACAGCGAACGCUCUGGCUUUCGUAAACAACAGCCAUAGAUUUCAUCCGGGCCAACACAGAACAUUGGUCCUGCAGAAGUAUGCUUUACGCAUCCUGGACCUCGGGCAAUCCCGGUUAGAGAUGAACAGCACAGCCGACGCUUCGGAAGAGUGGUUCUGGUCCGCGGAUGCAGAGAACCCGUGGGAAGCCAUAUGCCGUUGACAUUGAAAUCAGGCGGAGGGCCUGGAAAUAGAGUCGAUUAAUCGUAUAUCAUAAUUGUGACUCUGUCGUUACGAUGGCUACAAUCGACGAAUCAAACAUCUUCAAUUCUACCAAUCUGCAC